UCUUAAGCCCUUCCACUACCCAUUGACUCUUUGAGCUGCUCCACUUCCCCACUACAUCUCAGCCAUCUGGCCUCCCCCCACUAGUCUUAGAUCUUCUGGUGUCACAUAGGGUCCUGAGAGCAAGACCUUUUGCCUCAAGACACACCUCGCUGCAAUGACGGUCUUCGUUGCUUCACUCUUCCUUCCCUACACCAUCGACUUCCAAGCCACCGAGCUGAGACAUGCUCGUCGCAAAUCGUCUACUAGUUCCUCCCAGUCCGAUGGGAAGAUCGUAGGACGCUUGGCGGAUACCAACCGGAAACGCCAUUCAAAGAGCAUCAGUCUAUACACACCAGGGGCAACCACUGAGGAUGAGAAGAUCUUCAAGCCAUACAUCUCCCGCUCUGCAGGAGAGAUUCCCAUUGCAGAUGAUCCCAAUGGUCCGGGCCCUAGUGAGCCUCGAACGGUCUCCUGGGGUCAGAGCCGGAGGUUCAACCAGCCACGGUCCAAAGCUUCUUUAUACCCGGAACCUUCUAUCCUCAGUCGUCCUGAUGUCGAUGAGCUAGAUAAUCCGCCCUACCUAGAUGCUCCCUUGGAUGCAAUUAGCUCCGAGGAAGAACAUGGUAGCCCGCGGGCACUAUUGUCGGAGAUGGAUUGGGUGGUCAAAGCAGCAGAGCAAGGCAAUGGUGGCCUGCGCAAUGCCAUCAAUGCCGCUGAAGAAGCGGGUAUGCUGACAGAUAAGAUGUGGGUGGGAACUCUGGGCAUGCCCACCGACUCGUUGAAGGACGAGACUCGCGCAAGCAUCUCCGAGGCCCUCGAAGAUGAAUUCGAGUCCUUGACCGUGUUUGUCAAUGACAGUGAAUUCGAGGGCCAUUACACCCACUUUUGCCGGGCUGUUCUGUGGCCGGCCUUUCACUACCAGAUGCAGGAAAGCCCUCGACACACCGAAUAUGAUGACUACUCCUGGAAGCAGUACGUGAGGGUCAAUGAGGCCUUUGCAGACAAAAUCGCUGCCUACUGGCGGCCAGGGGACAGCAUCUGGAUUCAUGACUACCACCUUCUCCUUCUGCCGUCCAUGCUUCGGGAGAGACUACCUCAUGCGGAGAUUGGGUUCUUCAUGCACACUGCUUUCCCCUCCUCGGAGAUCUUCCGGUGUCUCAACGCUCGAGAUGCGCUGCUCCAUGGCCUUUUAGGCGCUGAUCUGAUUGGGUUUCAGACGGAGGAAUAUUGCUACCACUUCCUCCAGUCAUGCAUUCGGCUACUCGGCUUGGAGGUGUCUGUCGAUGGCGUCCAGCUCGAGAAGAGAUUUGUCAACGUGAGAAACAUGCCGAUUGGAGUCGAUCCAAAGGCCCUGGACCUGCUUCGCAGGUCUACCGAGGUAAAGGACUGGAUCGCCAAUAUCAGUUCUCGUUAUAAGGGAAAGCACUUGAUUGUUGCUCGAGACCGAUUGGAUGCUCCGGGCGGUAUUAAGCAGAAGCUCAUGGCUUACGAGCUGUUUUUGAAGCAGUACCCCAAGUGGAGAGACAAGGUUGUCCUUGUUCAAAUUGCUUCUGCCUCUGAAUUGCCUGAGUUAGAGGCGCAAGUUUCGAAGAUCGCCAUGCGGAUCAACUCAGUCUAUUCGAGUCUAACUCACCAGCCACUGGUCUUCCUUCGCCAGGAUAUCAGUUACUCUCAGUUUCUAGCUCUCAUGAGCGUAGCAGAGAUCUUUAUGGUCACCAGUCUCAGAGAAGGUAUGAACCUCAGUAGUCACGAUUACAUCCACUGCCAAGAUGGAAUUUUGACCGCGCAACGCCAUGGCUCCCUCAUUCUGAGUGAGUUCACCGGAAGCGCGUCGAUUUUCAAUGGCCACGAACUCAUGGUCAACCCUUGGGACUACAAGGAGGUGGCCGACACGAUAAACAAAGCUUUCGAGAUGACUCCGGAGCAGAAACAGAGUAACUGGGAGUUCCUGUUGGAAAAGAUGACUCCUCACACUGCUCUAGCCUGGUUCUCCUCCUUCCAGGCCUCAUUAACCAAGGCGCACAGCGCACAAUUAUCUCGUGAACUUAGCCAGGUAAACCCUCUUUCACUCGAUGCCGUCAAAGGCGCAUACGACGAGUCCACUGUUAGACUCUUUUUCCUGGAGAUCGAAGGCAUCAUCGCUUCGAGUCAUGGAGGGCCUGCUAACCUAGUCCCUCUGCUUCGCCGUUUACGCGAGGACCCCAAGAACUCGGUAUACGUGACUAGCAGCAAAAGUCCCGAGCAGCUCGAAUCUAUGCUCGAGCCUCUCUCCACGACAAUCGGGAUUAUCGCUGAGAACGGCUGUUUCGUACGACAUAUUGGAAGCUCCGAGUGGACGACACUAGUAGAUAUGGAGAAGGCUAAGGAUUGGCGAAAUGGCAUCCGAAAGGUGAUUCAAUACUACCACGACAGAGUCGAGGGAAGUGAGAUGGAGGAAGGCCGUUGUCUGCUGAACUUCUGGUAUCACGACGCGCUUGACCCGGAGGCGGCCGCCCGCCAGGCAUCAGGCCUUGCCGAUCAGAUUAAUGGCACUCGCGGCAGUGAAGCCAUCCGCGUGGUCCUCACCGAGGGCGCAGUGAGUGUUGAACCCUUGGACAUGACGAAAGCCAAAGCAGCCGAUGCUGUCUUACAACAUUUGGAUCAGAUCCCGGACUUUUUGUUCGUGGCAGGCGGAGCCCGCGGCGAUGAAGCCCUGUUCCGGUGGGCCAACCGCCUUCAGACUGACGAGAAAAAGCCCAGCGUCACCACUCUCACCGUGGGUACUCACGCCACAGAAGCACGAGCCAUUCCGCCCGAGGGCUUGGGCAUGGUUGAUAUUGUAGAUGCUUUGGUCUUCUCGCUUCCUGAGGGGCACCUCAGUGGGCAAUCCGACGGCCUUGCCAACGCCGCUCCAGUCCAGGAGGCACAGGGCGAGGAGGAGCAAACAAACGGAGAGGCUCCAGCCACCCCUCCUCCCGUCGCCAAAGGGUACGAUUCAAACGGCUAUUCCACCCCUCCCAUGUCUCCGACUCCAGACUGGCAUCUCGUGGAACACUCGCCCACGCUGAAUGGUGUAAAUGGCGUGACGCCCUCACUGCCGGCUUGAAUACCUUUUUGAGUCAUGUCCGCACCCUGGAAACUCACUAACACCUGUCCUUAUACUUGUCUACUUACCUCUUGCCUGCGUCGCGC